CCUGUAUCAGUAGAAAAAAGCGCAGGUGUAAAUAAUAAAGUGAAUGGUAGCUAAGUACCAUUUAGCUGCUUCAGUUUCAGGGUCCUGGUAUUGCCAUGCUGGCUUACUGUCACACUAUCAUGGCUGAUUGGUACACUUGAAUACAACAGCGCCAUCUAUAAUGUUAUUAGAAACACCUGUGUUUUUGCUUCUAUGAUUAGUUUAAGUACCUGCUGUGAAAAAAAAGGCCAGUUUGUGUCAUUCACUGUACAUUGUGCCUGUGUUUGGUUGCCUUCACACACUGAAUACAGUACACUCAAAGCUGCAACAAUCACACAAUAAGAACUUCUGCAAUGAUAAUGACAUGAAGCAUGUUUCCACGACCAAAUAGAAGUUUUCCAAGUGCCAACAUCAUCCCUGGGUCGACUGCGCCUGCGCACGACGAUCCCAUUCUUGUCCUGCAGGCAACAUUCCGGGUGGAGAGUGUGAGAGAAAAAGAAAGACAGAGGAGAUUUCAGGCCGUAGACUGUAUAUUUACAACAAGGAAUAAACAGUCGUAUGUCCGAGCCAGCUGCGGCACUUAAGCAGGAUAUGGGCUCCCCAGGGCAAAUCCCGGGACAAGACAUGGAUCUCUAAGCCAGUCCCCUCCAUCCAUCUACAUUUGCUGCCUUGCCUGCUGCUAGCCUACACCACCUCUUCUACCCCAGCUAUAGUGGUUUGGUUCAGGCUCCUCUAAGAAAGAAGAGGAAGAAAAAACCCAAGUGGGAGGGUGCAGUAAACUUUCCCCAGCUGCUGUCCAGACACACACAUGCUGCAUUGCUGCCAUUCCCCAAGCCCUCCUCCAUCCAUCCCUGGGGCACGGCCACUAGCUUGCUAGCGAGCUAGCCCUUGGCACAAAAAGAAGGCCUGUCCUCGGGUAUAAAUAAAUACAAGCAGAGUGUGUACACUUGCCCCUUUCUUUUUCUCCCUUUUCUGGGUCAACCAGCCACAUACUCACCAAGUGAGGCUCCUUUUGUUUAGCUGUCAGUCCCACUGCUUUGAGCAGUGGAGGAUUGCUAGUAGACAGUCAGUCAGUCAGUCAGUCAGCAAGGCAGACUGAGGAAGCCAGGGGGGGUGUUUAUCAAAGGCCAGGAUGAUGGAGCCCAGCAUGGAGAACUGCCUGGCCCAGGUCCUACAGAAGGACAUGGGCCGACGGCUGCAGGUAGGACAAGAGAUCAUUGAUUACAUUUUGGACAAGGAGAAGUCUCACGACCUGGAACAGGAUCAGACAGCACUGGACAAAAUGGUUGACGGCAUCGCCAGCUCCUGGGUCAACUCCAGCAACUUCAAGGUGGCUCUGCUUGGCCUGGACCUCUUAUCUGCCUUAGUGACAAGGUUACAGGAGCGAUUCAGGGCCCAGGUGGGAACAGUUCUGCCCAGCCUUAUUGAUCGUUUGGGAGAUGCCAAAGACCAAGUGCGAGACCAAGACCAAACACUGCUGCUAAAGAUCAUGGAACAAGCUGCCACGCCGCAGUACGUAUGGGACAGAAUGCUGGGAGGCUUCAAACAUAAGAACAACAGGACCAGAGAAGGAGUGUGCCUUUGCCUCAUCGCCACACUGAACACAUAUGGAGCUCAAGGCCUGACCCUCAGUAAAAUUGUUCCCCACAUAUGUAACCUCUUGGGGGACCCCACAAGUCAGGUACGUGAUGGAGCUAUGAGCUGCUUGGUAGAGAUCUACAGACAUGUGGGUGAGAGGGUGAGGAUGGAUCUCAGCAAGAAAGGCCUGCCACAGUCACGGUUGAAUGUAAUCUUCAGCAAAUUCGAUGAAGUCCAAAGAUCCGGAAACAUGAUCUCAUCCUCUGGCUCAGAUAAGAACUUUGAGGAUGAGGACUCCAUGGAUGGAGGCCGGUCCUCCUCCUCAUCAUCCUCAAAAGCACCCCCCAGUGGCAGGAGGACUGUAAUGAGUGCUGUUAGGAGACCCAGCUCAGCCACCCCAGCUAAGGCCACAGGUAAAGAAGCAGGUGCUGGUGCUGUUGAUGAAGAGGAUUUCAUCAAAGCUUUUGAAGACGUGCCCUCAGUCCAGAUCUACUCUAACAGGGAGCUAGAGGACCAGCUGACCAAGAUCAGAGAAGUGUUGUCUGAUGAAAAACAUGACUGGGAGCAUCGAGUGGUGGCGCUGAAGAAGAUCCGUUCGCUCAUGUUGGCUGGGGCCGCUGAGUAUGAUGGUUUCCCUCAGCAGCUGCGUCUCCUGGAGGCUCCAUUCAAGCUAUCAGCUAAGGACCUGCGCUCCCAGGUGGUCCGCGAGGCCUGCAUCACACUGGGAUAUUUGUCAUCAAUUCUGGGUAACAAGUUUGACCAUGGAGCAGAGAGUGUCAUGCCCAUACUGCUGAACCUUGUGCCCAACAGUGCCAAAAUCAUGGCCACAUCAGGAAUGGCCACCAUCCGCCUCAUCCUCAGGCACACACACUACCCACGUUUGAUCCCCAUCAUAACCAGUAACUGCGCCUCCAAAUCCGUAGCAGUAAGAAGGCGCUGUUAUGAGUUCCUAGACCUCAUGUUACAAGAGUGGCCCUCUAAUACACUGGAAAGACAUGUGGCUGUUCUGACUGAGACCAUCAGGAAAGGCAUACACGAUGCUGACUCUGAGGCCAGAUCCAUUGCUAGAAAGUGCUAUUGGGGUUUCCAUGGACACUACAGCCGGGAGGCAGAGCAUCUGUUCCAGGCGCUAGAGUCCACCUAUCAGAAGGCCCUCCAGUCUCACCUAAAGAGCUCUGACAGCAUUGUGUCUCUACCCCAGUCUGACCGUUCCUCAUCGUCUUCCCAAGAGAGUCUUAACCGGCCAUUGUCUGUGAAGAGUGUCAUUGGAGGGAGCAUAACAAGGAGUAAGCUGGUGAGCGCCAGGGUGCCUACUACAUCGGGUUCCCUCCAGCGUUCCCGUAGUGACAUUGAUGUAAACGCUGCCUCUAAUGCCAAGUCACGUCUGUCCACCGUCCCCGCCUCUUCACCGUUCAGCUCUGCAGCUGCCCUUCCCCCAGGGUCCUACGCCUCAUUAGGUCGUGUUCGUACCAGGAGACAGAGCUCCGGCAGUGUGGGUGGAGCCAGUACUUCUGUGGUGGACAGCAGGGGACGAAGCCGAGCCAAAGUGGUCUCCCAGUCCCAGCGAUCCAGAUCAGCCAAUCCCAUCAGUGCUGGCAGUCGCUCCAGCUCCCCAGGGAAACUGCUUGGCCACAGCAGCUAUGGCCGGAUCCCUCGAGCCACGGCGUCAGCCUCUACCACGCCAGCUGACAAGCGCAGCAGGAUCCCUCGCAGCCAGGGCUGCAGCCGAGAGACGAGUCCCAGCCGAUUGGGUCUUGCCAGCCUGUGUGGUAAAGCUCUUCUUCCUGCUGCUCUUCCCUACCGCACGCUAGCCCGGAGCCGCAUUCCCCGCCCCAGCAUGAGUCAAGGUUGCAGUCGCGACACCAGUCGCGAGAGCAGCCGUGACACCAGCCCUGCUCGGGGCUUCACUCCUCUGGCCUCCCGACGUCACUCCCGUUCAACCAGCGCGCUCUCCACAGCCGAUCCCCACAGCCAGUCAGACCGAUAUGGUUUGAUUCAUCAAGCGAGAAUCUCUGCAUCAGUCAAUGCCAUGAGGGUCCUUAAUACUGGCACUGAGGUGGAGGCGGCAGUUGCUGAUGCUCUGCUAUUAGGAGACUCCAGGAAUAAGAGGAAGCCAUUGAGGCGGAGGUACGAAUCACCAGGGAUGUACUCUGAUGAUGAUGCCAACAGUGACGCAUCUAGCGCCUGCUCGGAGCGCUCAUACGGUUCACGAAAUGGAGGCAUACCCCAUUACCUGCGCCAGACAGAGGAUGUCGCAGAGGUCCUCAACCAUUGUGCCAGCUCCAACUGGUCAGAGCGGAAGGAAGGCCUACUUGGCCUGCAGAAUCUCCUCAAGAGCCAAAGAAUACUAAGCCGAGUGGAACUGAAACGACUUUGUGAGAUCUUCACAAGGAUGUUUGCAGAUCCCCAUAGCAAGAGAGUGUUUAGCAUGUUCCUGGAGACUCUUGUGGACUUCGUCACAGUACAUAGGGAGGACCUGCAGGACUGGCUUUUUGUCCUGCUCACUCAGCUGCUGAAGAAAAUGGGGGCAGACCUACUUGGUUCCGUCCAAGCCAAAGUCCAGAAGGCCCUGGAUGUCACAAGGGAGUCUUUCCCAUUUGACCAACAGUUCAACAUUCUGAUGAGGUUUAUCGUUGAUCAGACUCAGACACCAAACCUCAAGGUAAAGGUGGCCAUUUUAAAGUACAUCGAGUCCCUGGCUCGACAGAUGGACCCGACGGAUUUUGUCAACUCCAGUGAGACACGCUUGGCUGUAUCGCGCAUCAUCACCUGGACCACUGAACCCAAAAGCUCUGAUGUCAGGAAGACCCUUCAUAACUGGGUGAGCGAGGAACUAACUUGCAGGUCCAGUACUGCAGCCUUACUGUCUACUGAGGGCAACCAGGAAGAAAGGUGUAAGCAGGCAGCCCAGGUGGUGCUGAUCGCCUUGUUUGAGCUCAACACCCCAGAGUUUACCAUGCUGCUGGGAGCCCUGCCCAAAACUUUCCAGGACGGAGCCACCAAACUGCUACACAACCACCUGAAAAACUCCAGCAAUACCAGCAGCAGUGUGGGGUCUCCGAGCAAUACCAUUGGACGGACGCCACCUCGCCACACCCCCAGCAGAACCAGCCCCCUCACAUCUCCAACAAACUGUUCCCAUGGAGGACUGUCUCCAAGUCGGUUAUGGGGUUGGGGUGUCGACGGACUGUCAAAGCACCCUCCUGCCCCUCCUCCUCCUCCUCCGCCUCACUCCACCCCUGCUGCCCCCUCCCUAAGGGUCCUGCGCAGAGCAUAUUCACCCAGUAUGAUGGAGUAUGACACCGAGAACAUGAACUCUGAAGAGAUCUACAGCUCACUGCGAGGUGUGACAGAGGCCAUCCAGAGCUUCAGCUACCGGAGCCAGGAGGACCUGAAUGAGCCAAUCAGACGGGAGGGCAAGAGGGAUGACGCAGCUGGGAGAGAAGGAGUAGCAUCGUCCCCUGGCUCUGAUGCUCGCUUGGGCUUGGACAUGGUGGAAGGAGGUCGCACUGCCUUGGACAACAAAACCUCACUACUCAACACACCAUCACCACGCUCUUUUUCCGGGCCACGGAGUCGUGAGUUUGCCCCUUAUGGCUACGGAGAUACCAUUUGUACCUAUGACAAGAGUGCCCUGAAGGAAGCUGUCUUUGACGAUGACGUGGAGCAGUUCCGCGACUGCCGACGUCAGGAAAGUGGUGAAAACAAGAUGACGGUCCCCAAGGUGUUUGCUCCUGUCAGCCAGGACCACUCAGACCUUGUAGCCGACUUGCUUAAGGAACUGUCCAAUCACAACGAGCGUUCUGAGGAGCGUAAAGGUGCCCUGGUGGAGCUGCUGAAGAUCACGCGAGAAGACAGCCUGGCUGUGUGGGACGAACACUUUAAAACCAUCCUCCUCCUCCUGCUGGAGACACUGGGUGAUAAAGAUCACACCAUCCGAGCCCUGGCCCUGCGUGUUCUGAAAGAAAUUCUGAGGAACCAGCCAGCUCGCUUCAAAAACUAUGCGGAGCUAACCAUCAUGAAGACUCUGGAGGCUCACAAAGACUCUCACAAGGAGGUGGUGCGUGCAGCUGAGGAGGCGGCGUCCACCCUGGCCGGUUCCAUCCACCCGGAGCAGUGCAUCAAGGUGCUGUGCCCUAUUGUGCAGACAGCCGACUACCCCAUAAACCUGGCUGCCAUCAAGAUGCAAACCAAAGUCAUUGAACGCAUUGCCAAGGACUCGCUACUACAGCUGCUGCCCGACAUAAUCCCUGGACUCCUACAGGGCUAUGACAACACAGAGAGCAGCGUUCGCAAGGCCAGCGUGUUCUGUCUGGUGGCUAUCUACUCUGUGAUUGGCGAGGAGCUCAAACCCCACCUGGCACAACUCACAGGCAGCAAGAUGAAGUUACUGAACCUGUACAUCAAGCGGGCCCAAACGACCAACAGCAAUAGCAGCAGUUCCUCGGACGUCUCCUCUCACAGUUAAUGGAACGAGUUUUCUUUUGGAAACGGCGUUCUAGGAUUUCCAGGGCAUAGCCUUGCUUCUUUCAGCCUUUUCCGUCUCUGAGCUUCCCCUCCUCCUCAUCGUAACGCAAGCUCCACUGCGCUUUUCUCCUGUUUCGGGGGGAUGUUGUCAACCUAUUUGUCAUGUAGUUCCUUCGUCCUCCCCACCCCUGCUCUCAAAACUUUUGAAUGUAACUGUGGAUUGAUUUUAGACUGGUGGGGAGGGAAUCAACAUGUUUGGAGUUUUUGGAUUUAGGAAAUGCAAUUUCUCUUCCUCCAUGGUUCUUCCUCUACACCACCUUUUGUCAAUGGAAUCCCGUUUCUCCUCGAGCCCUCAGAUUUGGUAGCACAAGGAGUUCAUACAUAAAACUAUUAAUUAUUCACAUCAAAGUAGAGAAAUGUACAAGUGAAAUUUCUGUCAAAUCAACAAUUUGUAAUGAAGUGUCAUUUGGCUGGCCCAAUGAUGGUAAUAAGCCUAUAGGUUUUGGGAUGAAUACUGGUUUGGGAGCAUAAAAACAAAAUAUUGCAAGAAAGACAAAAUGUGCAAGGGCAUAAUUAGACAAAAAAAGAAAGUACUGUAUGAGCAUAUGUAGUUAUUGUUUUAAGUUUAUGGAUCGAGAUCAGGGCUAAUAGAGGCCUAUGCGUCGAUUUUAGUCUUUUUUUUUAAUGCUCAUUUGUAAUUAAGGGUCACUUAAUAAAUUGAAUCCCCUUUUCACAAAAUUGAUGCACAAGGUACCAAGUUGCUAAAAGACAACUUUUCAGCUACAGAACUGACAAUCCUUCAAAUUUUGUGCAUAUCUUUAUUUUGAGGUACAGAAGAUGAAAUUGCUGUUAAACUGCACAAUUGAAGAUGGCUGAAUUUGUCGUGAAAGUCACAGUCGGCAGACAGAGUAGAAGUUUAGUCCAGGAAAAGUUGUGUUGUCUGUAUUUUCACACUGAACUUUCUGCAUUAAGUGCAAAAACAGAGCUUUUUGUUUAUCAUGCUUUCACAAACGGAAGAUGCCAUUUGUUGCCAUUUGUGGCAUCCAAAUCUACGCUGAGUGACUCCGUCUGAAGAGGAAGUCCUUUGUAAAUACUACAGAUGUUUUCCCUGUUUGGAGUUGGGAGAGAGACCAGUGAUCCGAGACGGUGAAAAAGACAUUACCAGGCCUUAUUCACUUUACACACGCUAAUGUUGUUGGCUAGGACUUGGCUGGGAGAGUGAAUGGCAUGGACAGCACUGUAACUCUUGGCUCUCAAAAAAUGUGAAUCUGCAGGAAAACAGACCCUUGUGGCGAUUUUGAUGAUGAAGCAAAUACAGUAUUAGUUGUUCCCUCUGAUCUCCUUCAGUUCCCCUUCAUGUAACCACAGCUUCUGCAAUAACCCUAAAUCCACAAUUAAAGGUAUUUUGUACAUACAGUUUUUGACCACUGCUUUGCAAAAUUUUACAUAAUGUCGAAAAAAAAGUGAACAGGUUGACCAACGUUUUUGCAUGUUACCAAAUAGCUUGCAUGUAAUCUGCAGCACCUGUCAACUUUGUGCUGUUUUGGAGGGCCCAGGUUUUUGGCUGUCAAAGUGCACUUGAAACAUCAUUAGAUUACUCAUCUCUGAUCUAAUGUUUCAGAGGAGGUAGUCACAUUAGCCAUGCUCAUAUGUAAAAGGUACAAAAUGGAGCAACAACAUGACCAAAACCAUGUGUUUGGUGUAGUUAAGUUGGUAGAAGUACUCAGGCAGGGUAUCAAAAAGCUUUAAAAUGUUGGAUUCCUGCUAUGAGACACUACAUGGAUCCCUGAAUGGAAGAGUUUCCCCAUUCGUUCAGAUUUUUAUUCUUGGACAUGGUUUGGUUUGUCAUGGUACAGUUAAUCUACUGUAGGAAAGGAUCAGACUCAUACUGCUUUUUUAAAUUCUGUUAUCUCAUUUGCUAACUUCUAGCAAAUUUACUCCCAUAAUUAUUAUUAUUAUUAUUAUCAUUAUGUUGAUAAUGAUGAUGAGGAAAUAAAAGUAUUCCUGAUUUCACCUGGGGACAUCUUGAGUCCUUGGAUGGCCAGUUUGGCUGUUAAUGUUUCAGUUAAGUGGUGUUUUCGUUCAGGGAAUCCACUGACAAGGGGCCAAUUCUGCUUAUUUAAGUAUUUAAGUAAAUGAAUGUACAGAAUUUGCAUAUGUUAUAAUUUACUUUUUAAGUAUUGGUACUGAAAAUAAUUUCAACGACAUGCCGCCCUGCUCAAUCUGUAAUAUUCCUCUGCGCUCUGCCUGACUUUCACCCAAAUCCCUGCAACAGUUUAAGACCAUUAAUCAGCUGGGUUUUGUUUUUAAUGGGGAUUCUCCCAGUUAAGCAAAUCUGUAGUUGGCAAAAGGGGAAAGUUCACCAGACACCAAACCACCAGUCACUAGCAUCUCUUAUCACAUUGCUGGUCCCAGAAACAGACAAGAUGCUAUUCCUUGCAAACUGUUCACUAUGCAUGUUCUGCAGUACACUGUCUUUCUUUUGUCUCGAUCGGUCAUGUAAUAUUCAUACCUGUAUUUAUAUAUUUUAUUUUAUUUUAUCUUAUUUUAUUUUAUUCUCUCAUGAUAAACUGUACAGAAGGGUUUUUUUUUUUGUUUUUUUGUUUUUUUGUUAAAAUCCACCUGUGAUAGAUUUGCAACAAUGUAAAGAAA